CUGAAAACGAAAGUCGAUGAGGACAAGCGGGGACAGACACCUGCGAGGGUUUAUGUUCCUGUGAAAUAUGACGAACACGUAUUGGGAUUCAGGCAGAGCAGGGCUGCAACAUGAGCUGGAGUUUGUGGAUAUAUUGGAGGAGAGGAGGCGCAGCAGUGAUCUCGGCCAUGCCCUCAGGACCUUCAGCCCGAGCCCUUACAGAGGAUCCCCGUCCUGCUCCAGAGCUGAGCUCAACAAAGCCGUGCUGGAGUCCCAGUAUCUGCGCUACGUGGCCAAGGAGAUCGCUACGGAGACGGGGUCAUCGGUGGAGGAGGUGAAAGAGGAGGCUUGUGGGAUUAUGGAGGAAAUGUCUCAAAACCUGCAGCUGGGGUUCAUCAGGCUGAUGGGCUACACACUCAGCAAGGUUUUUAAGAGGCUCUUCACCGGAAUCUAUGUCAACAUGGAGGGACUCAACACGCUCCAACAAGCCAUUCAGGAGAAUCCUGUGAUCCUGAUGCCCAAUCACAGGAGCUAUGUGGACUUCCUGGUUAUCUCCUACAUCCUUUUCACCUACGACAUCCCCAUACCUGUUAUUGCUGCUGGAAUUCCUCUCGCAGGGAUGAAGAUGGUCGGAGAGAUACUGCGGCGCUCGGGAGCUUUUUUUAUCCGACGCGCCAUUGGCUCUGACAAACUAUACUGGGCAGUGCUGUCAGAAUAUGUCAGAACCAUUGUCAAGAGAGGAUUUGCUCCUGUGGAGUUUUAUAUAGAGGGCCUACGGAGUCGCACGCUGAAGUCCCUGAUACCCAAGUUAGGUAUGAUGCACAUGGUGUUGGAGCCUUACUUUAAAGGUGAGGUGUAUGACAUCACCUUGGUCCCCAUCAGUAUCAGCUACGACCGAGUGCUGGAGGAGUCCCUGCUCGCCCACGAGCUACUGGGGAUCCCUAAACCCAAAGAAAGCACCACAGGUCUGCUGAAAGCUAGCAAAGUGCUCCAGGAAGAUUACGGCAGCAUGCAUGUGACCUUUGGCCGCCCCAUGUCAGUCCGACAUUUGUGUCAGGGAAAGAUAAACCGCAGCCAGUACAACCUCAUACCCAGAGACCUUCCCCAGAAGCCCAGCGCAGAGGCUCAGGCCUGUGUGAGCUGGCUGGCUCAUCUGAUGGUAAGGAUCCAAGAGAAGGGCUCUCUGAUCAGCACGUGGUCUCUGAUGGCGUGCCUGUUGCUGCAGGCUCCUACCACAGUUUUAACAGAGGAGGGUCUGCUGUGGCAUCAGCUGACAGAAAAAACCCUCUGGCUCAGGAAGCUGGCGCUGGACUUUGGGGCUCGCCUGAACUGGCCUGGACAAUUCCCUGACGCAGAUGUGAUGUCAUCCACUGUGGCGCUUCAUCGCUCCAUAGUUAACCAUAAAGCGGGGCGUGUCUACCUGGUUCAGGAGGAAGAACGCAAGAGGAAGCAUCCAAUCAGCCCGGAGGAGGAUGUGAUCAGGACAGCGGCAGCGGUUUUGAUGCUGGCUUCCUAUAGGAAUCAAUGUCUGCACGUUUUCAUGCGUCCUGCCAUGCUUGCAACAGCCAUACACGUCACAAAGACCACACAGAGAGACGAGCUUUCCGCCUUCUUCUGCUUCCUACAGGACGUCUUCUCCCACGAAUUCAUCUUCAUCCCUGGAAAGUCGUCCCAGGACUUUGAGGAGGCGUGCUUCCUCCUGAAGAAGUGUGGAGCAGUCCACGUCACUCAACAGGAAGUGACGGUGUCAGACGCGGGGCUGGAAGUGUUAUCCUUCCUGCAGGCACUUCUGCAACCCUUCAUAGACUCUUAUCAGGUGAUGUUCAGGUACCUCUGUGAGGACGGAGUUAAUGUGUUCACUGAGAAACAGUUCCUUCCUGCUGUGCGAAGCCUGGCUACAAAGCUCAUCCUCUCAGGUGAGCUUCGCACUUAUGAAGCCCUCUCGUCUGACACUCAGAAGAACGUUUUGUCGGCCCUGCGGAGACUGGAGACUGUGACAAAGUUGAGGGCGUCCGAGCAGAACGAAUACAGAGUGAAUAAAGCAGCUCUGAGACGAAUUGAUGAUAUACUUUCUGGGAAAAUCCCUCCCCAGAUGCUCCAGACUACACCUGACGCAAAACUUUAGCCUCCAUUGGAACGGAUCCAUCUCCAGUAUCAGCUCAGUCCUGUUUACCCCUGCUUGACCCUUUCAGCCUCAUAUUCCCUCUGUGCCUUUAUGCAGUAAUCAGAGGUUUGCUGCAUUUUAAAGGGAUGCUUUAGAUCAAAAAUCAAAAAUAUAUAUUCUUCCUGUUACC